CUCACUAAUUAGGCGAUAGUUAUACCUGCAAAUUGCGUCACUCGCGCUGCGAUGAGAAGAAGCCUGUCUGUAGCAAUUGCGAGCGCCUGAACCUGGAUUGUAAACCCUCAGACUUCAUUGCUCCUUCUGAAUGGAGUUCAUCCUUUACCGCCAGCACACCCACUCCGCUAGGCGCCGAUUCAGUGACACCAUUUCCAACUACCUUUCCAGCAGAGGCCUCGGGGCUUGAAACCCCUUCUUCGACUUGGGAUGUCUUUAAAUCCCAUAUGCAACAGCUUGGUCUCAUAUUAAAUGAUUCCCUAUCCGCCCAGGAUCUGCCGUUCAUCAAUCUUCCUGCCCCUACGCCCACAGCCGUCAGUAGACCCACCAACGCAACAGUUCCUCUGACAGCAGAGACUGCCUUUCUUCUCCAAACUUACCUGCGAACUGUUGCAACAUGGAUGGACCUUUUUGAUCAUAGUUUGACGUAUCAACUCGGCGUCCCCCGCCUUACCCUUUCUAGUCCGUUACUGUUCCACUGCACCUGCGCUUUCACUGCGAAGUACCUUGCACUUUCUCGUGCUAGCCAGAAGACGUCUUGGACUCCAGUUGCUCAAUAUCACUACGGCGAAGCAUUAGGACUGCUCAUCCAGCUCCUCAACAAUCCUUCUCAAGAGAACGUAUCCACCUUGCUGACCGCUAUCAUCCUUCUGUCAAGCUACGAGGUUAUUGGCUCUCUAGGCCAAGAACAUCGAAAGCAUUUCCUGGCAAGCUUCUCGCUCAUCAGAGGCUUUGGAAUUUCUGCAAGCUCUACUGGAAUAGACCGAGCUAACUUCUGGAUCUAUGUUCGGCAUGAGAUUAGUGUGGCUUUGGCGACAGAAAAACCCCUGAUUUUAGGUCCAGAGGAGUGGAAUGUGCACUGGGAAGAGGGCGAGGCUCGAGAAGACGUGUUAGGGAAUCAUAUUCUCUGGAUUAUGGCUCGCGUGAUCAACCUUGUCUUCCGGGAAGAAACUGAAACGAACACGGGUAUGAAAGAGCGAGAGGACAUGCUACGAGAGGUUGAGCAAUGGCGCGAAGGAUUAUCUGAUACGUUCACUGGAAUACCAUAUGGUGAGGCUGACGAAGAGGGAUUUAGAAAGGUCUACUUUACUGUUUCUGCAGCCGCCGCUGCAGCGUUCUGGUAUCACAUCAUCCAUAUCCUCCUGUAUGCAGAACCGAUAUUGCAAGAUGCAGCCUACAAACCAGAAAUUCAGCAUCACGCAAUGAAGGUUACCAACAUUGCAAUAUCCGAGUUUCCUGACUCAGUUAGAGUAUUUGCUACCCACGGGUUGUUUUAUGCAGCAAAACACAUCAAUGGUAUCGCUCGGAAAGCGCGAAUUUGGAACGUUCUCCACGACGUCGAGAAUGAGCUGGGCUACCACACUCGAAGCAUCAUCAAUCGCUUGCAGGAAUUGGUAGAGCGGGGCUCAUAGAGGAACAUGUGGAUCUUGAAGAUAACGGAUAAGUUCUGCGCAGCAUGAAAGAGCCCUUCAAUAGACACGUCACAUACAGACAUAAGCGAAGAC